AUGAGGAAGUUGGAUCACGAAAACGUUAAUCGAUUUAUUGGGCUUUCAAUUGAUGGCCCUGAGUAUGUGGCGAUUUGGCGGAUGUGCACCAGGGGCACACUACAGGAACUGAUUUCAAAAGGUUCGCUGUGGUUUGACCCUUUCUUCAUGCUGUGCAUUAUGAGGGAUAUUGCCGAGGGUCUCCGUUUUCUGCAUGACUCAUUCAUUGUGUCCCAUGGUCGGCUUAGUUCGGAAUGUUGUUUAGUAACUGACAGCUGGCAAGUUAAAAUAUCGGACUACGAAAUAGGGUCAUUGCGAGAAGAUGAUCGUCUCAAGAAAAAACGUGAACACUUACUUUGUUUGUACUUGCGCAGAAAUUAG